ACCAUGGUCCUCGCCGCCAACGGCAGCCACCUCUACGGUAACGUGCGGCCCUUCGCGCUGGAGGAGCCGCGCGCGCUGGGCGGCGGGAGGAUGAUCGGCGGCUCGUGGCCGCCGCGCCUCGUGAAGCUGCCCGCGGGCGGGACCCCGCCGGCGCUGCCCACGGCCGGGCCGCCGGCGCACAACGACUCGCAGUGCGGGGAGCACAUCCUCAGCUACGGCAGCCUCGAGAAAGUUGUCAUCGGCGCCGCGCUCUCGCUCAUCACGCUGCUCACCGUGGCCGGCAACUGCCUGGUGGUCAUCUCGGUGUGCUUCGUGAAGAAGCUGCGGCAGCCCUCCAACUAUCUCAUCGUCUCGCUCGCCCUCGCCGACCUCUCGGUGGCCCUGGCCGUGAUGCCCUUCGUCAGCGUGACCGACCUCAUCGGCGGAGAGUGGAUCUUCGGGCGCCUCUUCUGCAACGUCUUCAUCGCCAUGGACGUCAUGUGCUGCACGGCCUCCAUCCUCACCCUGUGCGUGAUAAGCAUCGAUAGGUACCUGGGAAUAACGAGGCCGCUCACGUACCCGGUGCGGCAGAACGGGAGGUGCAUGGCCAAGAUGAUCUUGUGCGUGUGGCUCCUGUCGGCCUCCAUCACGCUGCCGCCGCUCUUCGGCUGGGCCCAGAACGUCAACGACGAAAAGGUUUGCUUGAUCAGCCAAGACUUUGGCUACACAAUUUACUCCACUGCGGUCGCCUUUUACAUUCCCAUGUCAGUGAUGCUUUUCAUGUACUACCAGAUUUACAAGGCUGCUAAGAGGAGUGCUGCUAAACACAAGUUUGCUGGGUUUCCCCGGGCAGAAGAAAUGGAAGGAAUAUCUAUGAAUGGAGUUGUUAAACUGCACAAAGAAUCUGAAGAAUGUACUAAUUUUUCACGACUCCUUAAGCAUGAGAAGAAAAACAUUUCCAUUUUUAAAAGGGAACAGAAAGCUGCCACCACCCUUGGAAUUAUCGUUGGGGCUUUCACUGUGUGCUGGCUGCCCUUCUUCCUGCUCUCCACUGCCAGGCCCUUCAUCUGUGGCACCGCAUGCAGCUGCAUCCCGCUGUGGGUUGAAAGAACCUUUCUAUGGUUGGGUUAUGCCAACUCUCUCAUCAACCCUUUUAUAUACGCCUUCUUCAACCGGGACCUGAGGACAACCUACCGCAACCUCCUGCAGUGCCGGUACAGGAACAUCAACCGGAAGCUCUCGGCUGCUGGCAUGCACGAGGCGCUGAAGCUCGCAGAGAAGCCGGAGUUUGUCCUGUGAGGCCGCCUGCCCUUUACUAGAAUAAUUUAUUGUUUUAGCACAUGAACUCGUUUCCUCAAGUUUGGAAGAAGGGUUAUAGGAAGAAUGAGCAUUCUUGAGCGCGGUUAACAGGGUCAUCAAGAAGCGGGAAGGUGGCGAGGUAAAGUCCCGCACAAUGCACUGGCCAUAACGAACCUGGAGAAAGCAGAAGACAAUCUAAUGCAUCUGGGUAAAAGGAAAGGGAACUUCAGUCCUGGAUACUGGAGAGGGGAAGGAAGGAAAGGGGGUGCAGGGUUUCUGGGUUGCCAGUGAGGAAAGAGGGAAGUUGGCCUAACCCUAUUGUUUGGUCCUCAGCCCCAAACAACUUCUAGUAGCUCUCAAUAUUGGAUGCAUCUUGUAUCCUAGAAAUUUUUGCUGUAAUAAAGACCUGAAAAUGCUGAAGAGUUCAGUAUAACUCACUGCUUUCCACUUUGUUAUUAGAAAAAUAAACCAUUUAAGAUGAAGCUGGAUCAGAGAAGUUAUAUUGCUUUGAAGUA